AUGAUAGCCCAGAAGAACCAGAACCUGGCAUAUCCUACUGAGGCGAUCCUUAAGAGGCCUCCUGCUGCGAAUACCAUGCUUGCUAACUCGGUCAAUGUUAUGCUGGUGCUGGCUGAGUUUGCCACUGCAAAACCUGGGAGGAAAAAUGUGUACUUGUACGACUGGGUCCCCAUCGUCAGCAUGAACCUCGCGGCUAAUGCCCUCUGCGGAUACAUCAUCAAGCGCACAACGGGCGGUGAGCAUAUCAAAAUCAAGAACGUCACUGCUACAUAUACAACCAGGGCCUGGAUCCAACGAGGAGACCGACAACGGUAA